CUUCACGCAGGGUAGUCACAAGCUUGAGUCUAACGAUCAUUUGGCACCUUUCUGUCACGAAAAGAAAAUCGACUUCACCGCGCGCAUCAUUUACAUUGUACUUUUUCUCUCCACACGACCCGCCCGUGAGGCACUCGAGUAAGAGUAAGGGAUAGAGGAACUAAGUGUGGUUUUCUAUGCAGAAUGGAGGUACUGACUGAGUUAUUCAAGAUGCGGCUUCUCGCCAUCUACUUUGCGACGAAUUCUUCUGUACUGGCAGCAGUGUGGCGGGGUAGUGCAACGGAUCCUUCUCAUCGUUUACCAGCACCAGCGCAGCAGCAAAUGCGAAUGGCGGAAAGCGGCCCUCAGGGCAAGCUGCUACCGUUCGAGGACUUAGCAGUUUAUCAAAUGCUAAAGUACCAAGCGGACUAUUCCGGUGGCCCCGAAAUCCAUGCUGAAUGCCCAAUUUGUCAGCAGGAAAACGCGCUUGCGCGGGCUGUUCAAGGGAAAAACAACCGAACCGCGACGGGAGCAAGUGCAUUCUUCGGAAGGGAAGAGGAGGAAAAGAAGAUUUGGCGUCACUUCUGCGGGCAUGCGGUGUGCGCAUCGUGCAAGAGCAAUUUGACGCGUCGCAAAGCCGACGACAAAGGUUGCGUUCUCUGUCGACAAGGCGGCAAAAUGUCAGAAUUGCUUCCGAUGCAUCUAGAAGAGAAGAUGGGGGCAGCCGGUGGGGGAGUUGCUACAGCAGAGGAGUUUUUUCCGAGAUGGACCGCGCAGGACGCGGUCUCGGUUGAGCGAGAUGUUGAUGAUAGAUUUUUUUUCACUUCAUCAUCUGGUCCUUUAACCACUCCUGCGUCGCGCAUGCGUCUGUGGGCUUCGCUUGAGACCCGGGUUAACGAAGAGAAAGAAGCUUGGCUUAAUCACGUCAAGAGAGUGGUCGACAUCAGAGAACAACCGCAGCCCCUCCGAAUCGGCGCGAAAACAGCGGCGGCUGAGCGCACGCAGCCGUUGUGGCAACUAGUGCGAGACAACAGCUUACUCUACUUGCGACAAAGAGCCAUGCUGCAAUUGGUGGAGACGCACGGAGCGAAAGCCGCGAUUGAAUUUGUCGCGAGCGUGCUCCUCACACCGCCACCAGCGCCGCCAGCAGCGGAGAGCGGUGGUCAGCAAGCUGAAGACGCAAGAACGGGUGCGGACCACGACCAGGGCCAUGAACGUCGGAGAAGUCUUCUUAGGCAGUGCUGUGAUGAUGUUUUCGGGCCGCUGCGCGCUGGCGUUCGAGGCACCUACGCUGACUUUCAGGAGGGGUGUGACUUCCACGGACCGCUUUGGUGCCCCUACACCCUCUGCUGUCCAUGCGUAGCGGUGGGCAGAUGCAGUUGGCAUGCGAACAAGGAGGCCGCACGGCGCCACCCCUUUGCCCACUCAACGGUGCUCCCCAUUUUGAUGGAUUUGUGCCUCCUCUCCCAAUGCGGCGCGUCCUGGGGCGUCUGCCCCCACCCAAUUUUUCCGCACUCUCUGGACGGGUGGAUGCACAGCAUUUUUUCGGCUUUCGGUUGCUGCGUCCGGCACGGCUGCUGCGGCACUGCCCACGACGAAGCAGCCAGGCGGCCCGGAGAGCAGUUGCGAUCGGCGUACGUGCAGCAAGUUCAGGAGCAGUAUCGAACGCAGGUCAUGCAAGAAGGCAUGGAUGUCUCGGAGGCGUGGACUUCUAAUUUCGAUCCUUGUUGCUGUGACCCGAUGUGUUAUCGACCGUAUUGCUACGAAUGCUGCGUACCGUACGCGAACUGCGCGCGAGUGGUCGGAAUUUAUGGCUCUGCCGCUCGAGGGGGUGCAGAAGAGCAGCAAGCGCCGCUCUUGCUAGAUGCUGACGCUGCUUCCGUGACAGCACUGGCGGAAAGACUACGGAGAGCACUGCUUGUGACACGCGACUUUUCAUCGCUGAAAAGAUUCGUCCGGCAAGAAGUACGGGAAGGAGACGCACAAAUCUUCAUCCGCGAUGACAUCACCGCAGAAAACCUUGUCGAAGACCUCAAAUUGGCGCUGCUCUGGUUCGUUGACAAAGAUGUCGUGGCGGAAGGCAAUGCCUUUGUGUGAACGCGAACGAAAGAAACUUACCACACCGCUUCGGCUUUAUCUUGAUGGACGGCCAGCAAAAACUUCCGACGUAUUGCUCUUUUUCUGGCCACGACGGGAAGAUGCGCUGAUGCGAAAAAGAUUGCGCUGGGCAAGAGGAUAGAAGUAACCAUGAUCACUAAAAACGCGGCAGUGGCUGUUCGAAGCAGCGCUUGUUCGAAGGACACGCCGGCAGGCCGAAGUUGAUUCCGCAUGUCUGGAUCUGGCUCGAAUGCUGCAGACCACCGAGCAGCAGUAGCUUGUACCGCCACCCGCGCGCACGCGCUCUGUUGGCUUGAAGCAAUAGUGGUUCGCAUUCAGCUCUCCUGUGCUGGUCGAGGACCCGAAGCCGAUCGGGCUUGCAAGAGGCUACGAAUCGAUACCUUUUAUUUCCUGUGCCUACAACUUCAUUUAAUGUAUAUUUUGUUUUUGCGAGGGUGUGAAAGUUUUCUACUUUCUGCACGCUUUUCAAGUCGUGGAAUUGAGCAAGAUCGUGACAGAAAGCACAUCAAAAGAUCGGAGGGAUGUUUGGUGAUCUCAUGCAUAGCGAGAAGUCGCCACGGAUGCGAGAGUGAUCGUCAACGUACCCGUUCAUUUCCAAGCUGCAGCGAAGCGGGACACGACAGGACACGCUCGCUCCUCAUUUUCGUCAUUCAAUGACUUUCAGUAGCAGAGUGCUCUUUUUUGAAAAAAGCCUUGUGAGCGGUGGAAAUGAACUCUAUGUCUGUUGUACUUGAAUGAAAUGCUUCUGCACAACUCGAAC